AUGGAGGGCGCCGAGCCCCGCGCGCGGCCCGAGCGCCUGGCCGAGGCCGAGGCGCGGACGGCCGACGGCGGGCGCCUGGUGGAGGUGCAGUUGAACGGCGGCGCCCCGUGGGGCUUCACCCUGAAGGGCGGCCGCGAGCACGGCGAGCCGCUGGUCAUCACCAAGAUUGAAGAAGGAAGUAAAGCGGCAGCGGUGGACAAGCUGCUGGCCGGAGACGAGAUCGUGGGCAUCAAUGACAUCGGACUCUCAGGGUUUCGACAGGAAGCCAUUUGCCUGGUGAAGGGGUCCCACAAGACCCUGAAGCUGGUGGUAAAAAGGAGGAACGAGCUGAGCUGGAGGCCCCACUCCUGGCACGCCACCAAGUUCUCCGACAGCCACCCCGAGACGGCCGCCUGUCAGCUGGCCUCCGCCGGCGCCUGCCCCUCCUGGCACGGCCGCCACCACGCCAGCGCGUCCUCCCAGGACCUGUCGGGCGCGUGGGAGCAGACCAGCCUGCAGCGCGGCUCGGGCCACUUCAGCUCGCUGGGCAGCGUGGACAGCCUGGACCCGCCCUCCCAGCCCUACCCCUCCGGCCGCCUCUCCGCCGCCAAGUCCAACAGCAGCAUCGACCGCCUGGGCGGCCCAGGCAAGCGGGACUCGGCCUACGGCUCCUUCUCCACCAGCUGCAGCACGCCCGACCACACGUUGCCCAAGGCCGACGCCUCGUCCACGGAGAACAUCCUCUACAAAGUGGGCCUGUGGGAGGCCUCGCGGCCGGCCGGCGGCCGGCAGGACCCUCAGGGCCCGGAGGACAGGCCGGGGCACUUUGUACCCAGGGUGCCCGGUGACAGCGGCAGCCGCAGCAGCCCCAGGCCGGAGGACGGGCCCGAGCCCAAGCUGCCCACGUCGGGGAGGUCCAGCUUCGGGCCCGUCUGGUAUGUCCCUGAUAAGAAGAAAGCCCCUGCGUCCCCUCCCCCGCCGCCUCCCCCUCUGCGCAGCGAUAGCUUCGCGGCCACCAAGAGCCACGAGAAGGCGCAGGGCCCUCCGUUCUCAGAAGCGGCCCCGAUGCGGGCUCAGCCCCGCGGCGACUGGAGGGCAGAGCCCGCCGACCCGCCGCGGAGGCCGGCGCGCCCCGGGGACGGCAGGAGCCCGGGGAGCUCGGGCUGUGCCGCGGAGGCGCAGCUGGACGGCGGCUGGCCGUCCGCCUGCCACGGGGCCCCCAGCCGGCUCCAGGCCUCUCUGUCCAGCAGCGACGUGCGUUGCCCGCCGUCCUGCCACGGCUGCCAGCACCCGCGCCAGGACAGCGACGAGAGCCCCUUCUUCCACGAGGGCCCGGGGGCCCUCGCCGGGGCUCGUCCGGAGGCUCCCGCCCAGCACUGGCAGGACGACAGCCUCUCUCAGGCCAGGUGGCCCGGCGCCACCGACCGGCAGAGCCACUCCCGUUCCGUGAGCGCGCGACAGGGGCUGCAGGGCAACCCUCAGGUGUCACAGGUCCGUGACGGCCACUGGCGCUGCGGCUCGCCUCUGGGUGCCUUGGACUGUCCCGCCCCACACCUGGCCGGCCAGAAACCCCGCGGUCACCUCCCCCAGCACGGGGAGAGGGGUGCCCCAGGGGACAGAGGAGUCGGGGGCCACUCCUCGGGGAUGGAAGAUCUGCAGCGGGGCGGCCACGGGGACCGAGCCAGCGUUCAGCCAGUCGCCGACGGCCUCCGAUGGGCCGGUGGGGAAAGCGGCAAGAUCUCUGCUCACAAAACGCCCAUGUUGCACUCGCUGACCCAGGAGGGGACCCGGCGGCCGGCAGACGGCCAGGAGGGGGGCUCCGAGAGGCCCCCGCCCUUUGAUGCCCAGGUGGGCAAACCCACGCGGAGGAGCGACCGGUUCGCCACCACCCUGCGGAACGAGAUCCAGCAGCGGCGAGCCAACCUACAGAAGAGCAAGAGCACCGUCACCCUGGCGGGGCCCGACGAGGCUGAGGGGGACACCAGCGGCGGGCGAGGGGCCGCCACCCCAGAACCGUCCUUCCCGGGCACCUAUAAGGACCACCUGAAGGAGGCCCAAGCCCGCGUCCUGCGGGCCACGUCGUUUAAGCGCCGCGACCUGGACCCCAGCCCGGCGGACCGUUACGCUGGGUCACCAGAACCCAGGGCCGGGAACCACCGCCCAGAACCCACGCCGCACGCCUGCGAGGCAGGCCCUGCCAGGCCGCCCUCGGCCGGAGGGGGUGUGCCCCACGUGGCCCGGAUCGGGGGCCGCAGGCGGUUCACAAUGGAGCAGAAACUGAAGUCGUACUCAGAGCCGGAGAAGAUGAAUGAGGUGGGGCUCUCGGCGGGGGGCCGCCCCCGCCCGCACCCUGAGGACACUGUGGGGACCUUCGCCGACAGGUGGAAGUUUUUUGAGGAAACCAGCAGGCCGGUUCCACAGAGGGCCGGCCCGAGGCACGCACUCCCCGGAGGCCCGAAGGAGAGGUCGGACAGGCCGUGGGCCGGAGCCCGUGGGGACCAGGGUCCCCAGGAGAGGGCCCGCGCCACCUCCUUCGGAGAAAACGCUGGCGGACCCAGGAAGGCGGCAAGGCCGGGGGCGUCGGAAGCGCCCCAGAGGCUCGGCACCUUCGCGGAGUACCAGGCCUCUUGGAGGACGCAGAGGAGGGUCCCGGAAGCCAGGGCCGCGGGGCGGUACCACUCGGCCGAUGACAUCCUGGACGCGGGCCUGGGUCCCGAGGAGAGGCUACAGCACGUGCACGAGCGGUCGCGGUCAUCGCCAUCCACGGAGCUCUACAAGCAGGAAGCUCCCCUCGAGCCGCGGCGACACACAGAGGACCCUGGUGCGCAGAGAAGACCUGUGUCUGCAGCCCAGGCCGAGGAGCGGUGUCCCGCCCCAAGACAAGCAGAUGCCCAGUGCCCCGAAGGUAGCCCAGCAGCACAGCGGGACCCACGGCACCCGGCCCAGGGCCCGGGGGCGUCUCACGCCCCAGAAGCUCCAGAGGUGCCCCACGGGGGCCGCAGCAGAGCCGGGACCCUACCGUGCGAUUACAGAUACUCAGAGAACCACACGCCUGCACACCCGCCGCUGCCGCCGCCGCCGCCGCCGCCACUGGGCCCAGGAGCCCCAGCGCAGAGCGGCCCCUCGGCCCCACACGUUCGAGGGCCGGAGCCGCGGCCUGUGAGUGCCACACCCCUCGGUAAAAGACCUGUGCCGCAGAGGCCACCGCCACCAAAGCGCGAGCCCAGGCAUUUCAGGGGACCAGCCAGUGCUGCACCUGCGGGCACACCUGUGGCCAAUCACCUGGCUGCGACUGGCCGGCCCCUUCCCCAGCCAUCACCUGAGGCCCUAGAGGUGUGCGUGGACCGCCUGUCCCUCUCCCGCAGCCCCCGAGCCUCGGCGGAGAGACCGAGCGGCGCCCAGCUCGCAGACGCCCCUCAGGCCCCCGGGGAGCAGGGCGAACAGCAUGUAGAGGAGCGUCCAGCCUGUCCUCCGCGGGAAGCCCUGCUCCCUUCCAAGGUCCGGCCCCCGCAGACGUCUGCCAUGGAGACCUCUCGUUCCCCUUCUCCUCAGUUCGCCCCCCAGAAGCUGACGGACAAACCUCCCCUGCUCAUCCAGGACGACAGCUCAACCAGGAUCGAGCGUCUGAUUGACAACACCACGGUGAAGAUGGUGCCCAUCAAGAUAGUGCACUCGGAGAGCCAGCCCGAGAAGGAGAGCCGCCAGGGCCUGGCCCGCGCCGCCACCGCCGAGCCGCCCGCGCUGCCCAGCGGGCUGGAGCGGGACCAGAUCAAGACACUGAGCACGUCGGAGCAGUCCUACUCGCGCUUCUGCCUGUACAGCCGCCCGGGCCCUGAGCCCGAACCCCGCGCCCAGCCUCCUGGCCCGUCCGGGGUGCCCGACGGCCGGGCCUCCCCGCCCGCCCUCAGCUACGUGAAGGCCAGGGAGCGCACGGCCGAGGACCUGAAGUCGGAGGAGCUGGCCCGGGAGAUCGUGGGGAAGGAUAAGUCUCUGGCCGACAUCCUGGACCCCAGCGUGAAGAUCAAGACCACCCGGGACCUCAUGGAGGGCAUCUUCCCUACCGAUGAGCACCUCCUGGAGGAAGCUCAGCAGCGCAGGAAGCUGCUCCCCAAAGUCCCCUCGCCCAGGACUGCAGAGGAGAAGAGAGAAGAGCCGAGCGGGCCGGCGGCUGUGUUCCUGGCCACCAAUUCCACCUACUACAGCACGUCGGCCCCCAAGGCGGAGCUGCUGAUUAAGAUGAAGGAUCUGCAAGAGCAGCAGGAGCCCGAAGAGGAUUCGGGGAGUGACUUGGACCAUGACCUGUCUGUGAAGAAGCAGGAGCUCAUCGACAGCAUCAGCCGCAAGCUGCAGGUGCUGCGGGAAGCCCGCGAGACGCUGCUGGAGGACAUCCAGGCCAACAACGCGCUCGGGGACGAGGUGGAGGCCCUGGCCAAGGGCGUGUGCAAGCCCAACGAGUUCGACAAGUUCCGGAUGUUCAUCGGGGACCUGGACAAAGUGGUGAACCUCCUGCUGUCCCUGUCCGGUCGCCUGGCCCGGGUGGAGAACGCCCUCAACAACUUGGACGACAGCACGUCUCCUGGCGAUCGGCCAUCGCUGCUGGAGAAGCAGCGGGUCCUCAUCCAGCAACACGAGGACGCCAAGGAGCUGAAGGAGAACUUGGACCGCAGGGAGCGCGUGGUGCUGGACAUCCUGGCCAGCUACCUGAGCGACGAGAGCCUGGCGGACUACGAGUACUUCGUGAAGAUGAAGGCGGCCCUCAUCAUCGAGCAGCGGGAGCUGGAGGACAAGAUCCACCUCGGCGAGGAGCAGCUCAGGUGCUUGGUGGACAGCCUGCAGCCCGACAGGGGCAAGUGACGGGCUCGUCCCCGGCGCCUCGGCGCCGCGGUCCCCGGGGUGCCGGUGGAGCCCCGGCCUGCCUCUCCGUCCCGAGGCCGGAGCCUUCUCGUCGCGGAACGGCUGUGAGGACAGCAACGGCUCCGGCGCGGGUCUGGGCGGCUGUGUGGACGUCGCUGGUUUCCCUUGUGAAGGCUGAGCCGCGGGGCCCCCUGUCCUCCGCUCUCCUCCUCAGGGGAACAGGCGCGGCACCGGGCUGCGGGGCAGGAGACCUUGGGCUCCACGCCUGCAGCGCAGGGAAGGGGGCCUCGGCAGGGGUCCCUGGGUCCUGCCUCCUGUCGCAGCGGCUGAACCAGCCCGGCGGGAAGCAACUGAGUGGGCCCGCAGGGUGCCCAAGAGGCCACACCCCGGCCCACGUCUCCUCUUGUGACCCGUCCGCGCCAUGGGCCGCCCUGUUUGACCCGCGUCCCUCCAACGGCGUUCGCAUUCACUGUCUCUGUUAUGUAAUGAUGUCCCCCGACCUAGCAAACACCGUGAUGAUGAUGAUGAUAAUUUAUUAACGUUUUGUAAAGGUGAAUGACUUCCCACAUGGUUAAAAACCAACUGUGAAAUGCAUAACCUGUCUGCUGGGUUCCUUCAUCCUAAGCUCGCAGCGGGAAUUGUGAGCAUGCUGUAACACACGUGCACAGAGCAGAUGCCUUCAAGUUCACUGGCCCUGGCGGCACGGGGCGGAUGUUUUCCUGCAGCGUGAAACGUGUGUCUGGUUGUCUUGUGCUUGCUAGAUAUUUGUCUCACGAGACCGAUGGGAUCGUUCUUAAAUUCCUUGUUCCCCAGAAUGCUUAUUUGGUGUGCAUAUGGUUGUUUAGGGUAACUGCCUACUUUCCUGUUUUUGCCUCUCGAAAUCGGCCAGCAGGCGGUGAAGGCUCCCAUCCGCUUCCUGGAAGGACGCUGCCUCCAGCUUUCCAAGGUCCCGUUGACUGUUCCACUCAGCCACCGACUUUACAGGCUCUGUGCCCUCUUUAUGGGUUGAAACGGCAAGACUCUAAGGAGAGUCUAUUCCCUUUUUUUUUUUUUUUAAACGCCGUCAAUGCUGUCAAUUUCUAGUUGACACGUCACAGGCUGGCAGAAAAUAUUGGCAAAUCAUAGACGAGAGAAAGGAGCUAUCUCCAGAAUAUGUAGAGAACUCUGUAAAAGGCUACUGUCAGAUAAAAACAGCCCCGUGGAAAAGUGGGCAAAAGAGUUCACCAAAGAGGAUCUGCCUGGCAAGUAAGCGCAGGAGAAGGAUGGGGAACCGCCAACGGCUUGACUAUAACGUACCGGCUUUUCCCUAAAUCAUUGUAGAGCCGGUGCGUGUUUUCACGGAUGCCCGUGUCAUCACAUGCAUGGCUCGUGGUGGGAGAGCCCGUCGGCUGAGUUCAUAGCAAGGCCACAUUUGGACAUUUGCUGGAGGGAGGGAUUGUGUCAGGACCCAACUGCCCUUACUGCCAUAAAAGGAGUUUGCCUGCAGCAGGGGAGAUGUCUCUUGGUCAGGAGGGACCACCGCCUUAUCAACACGCACACUCACACGGCAAAGUCUUAGGACGCUCGUCCGUGCUCCAGGAGCCAGGGAGGGUGAGCCGGACGGCUGUGCCGAUGUCCUUGUGCUGCACAGAGGGGUCCGAACGCGUGAGCUCUGCUUGCGCAGGCAAUAAGCCCCUCUCGGGCAGCCGAUCUGCUCCGGAAAGACAAACGCCUUUUCCCACGUCGUCAUUCCUACUGAGUUGAGCUCCAUGUCUUGAACAACCUGCCCGUGGAGCGGGCCUCCCUCCGCCUCCCUCCCCGGGGAGACGACCACACGUGUCUCCGUGUGUUUGGUUUUUAAUUUAGACAAGUUUUAUCUGUGAUUCCUUCCCCUCUGCUACAGUAUUGUGCUGGUUUUGAUGAUGUAUUGGUCCAAUGUGAAUAACAGGAUGUGUGUGUCUGUACCCCGCCGUUGAUGUCUCCCGAGCACUUUCUCACAUGUAGCAAUAUGUAGUGGUGUUCCCCUGUUUGCAGCCUCCUCUGUGUCCGGGUAGCGGGGACCCAAACAUUCCAGCGAGUCCAUGUAUAUACGUCCCAUUGUAUAGAGCUAUGUUGUUGCCUAGAAAACCCGUCUGGUGCUACUGUUGGCCCUUGGUGUUCUCGGGGGUGGGGGGCCGGGGGCAGCCUCCCGAGCCUGUGUUACCGCUCCGCUGUUGAAUGCUCUCAUUUCAGGCAGGCCCAGCGCCUGCGGUUCACUGUGGAAAAUGUGUACAGGUGUCACGCCCGACACGUACCUCAAAACACAUC